AUGAUUUCUUUGAGUUCUCAAGGACUUUCAUCAAUUAUGAAAUAUCCUUCUAAAGAAGUGAUUGCUAUUCAUGUCGGCUCAUCGAAAUAUGUUCUUCCAAAGUUGAUUGCUGUUUUUAUAUCACCUAUAAUUGCAGAAAAGAUCCGAGAAAAUCCUGACCUGAAUAAAUUCGAGUUAAAUAUUAACGAUGAACAGAAGAUAUUUAGACUUGUUGUUCAGCUUGCCUAUGGAAAUCAAGUGCAAUUCGAACCUCAUCAAUUACCAGUCUUAGAAGCAAUUGGAAAAGCAUUAGGAAAUCAAGAAUUAGUUAUACUGAGUCAGACAACUAAUACCAAAACGCAUGAAGACAUUAAUAUUCAAAAUGCUGUUACUAAGCUCAUAUCCAAGAAAAAACUUCGCGCUAAAUAUGAUUUCAUCAUCGAAUAUAUUGCAUUCCACUUCUCUGAUAUGUCUGAAAAAGAUUUAGAAAAACUUGAAAUUGAUGAUAUUCAGAAAAUCGUUUCACAUAGCAAGUUCAGGACAAAUUCAGAAAGUUCCUUAUUCAGAUUUAUCUUCGGUCUUUACAUGGAACACAAUGAUGAUCCAAGAUAUUCCGAAUUAUUUUCAAAAGUUCUUUUCGAAAAACUCGAUGAAGAAGAAAUGUCUGAUUUUGUUAAUAACUUCUCUUCAAAUCAAAUGACAGAUGGUAUUUGGCAAGCAAUUUCUCGAAGAUUAAUUUUGCCCGUAUCAGAACCAGAAAAAGAUAAUGAAUCAGCAACGCAAUCAAAAGCUUCAAGUAGAAAACCAUCUCCACCCAACGCCCGAAACUCCACAAAGCAACCAGUAAAGAUUAUUGAAUUUAAUGGCAAAGAUUUCUAUAAUGGAUGCUUCUCUACAUUACGAUCAAAGAAGAAACAUGUUCUACUAUCUUCUUCCAGUAUAAAUACAGGAACAAUCAGAUCCAUAAUAAAUCCAUCAAAUAAGACUAAUUAUUGGACGCAAAAUCAGCCUGAUAGUUGGAUAAAAGUUGAUUUGAAAAAGAAUAAAAUACAUCCUACAUCAUAUACAAUAAGAGGAAGAUAUGAUCAUGAUUUCAAUCAACCACAGAGUUGGAACUUCGAAGGAUUUGCAAAGGGUAAAUGGGAAAUAUUAGAUUCACACAUUAAUGAACCUCUCAGAAUUAAAGAACCUAAAAACUUCAAAUUAUCUGUAGAAGGUAAAUUUAAUUCAUUCAGAAUUAGACAGACUGGACCAAAUACUUAUGGAGACCUUGAUCUUGUUCUCAGUGCUUUUGAAGUUUUCGGUGAAAUAUAUUAA